UUAGUUGCGCCGAAGACAAUUCACGAGACGGACGUAUCCCUGUUUGUUCCUGCAGAGGCGUUUCGUUGCAUUAUCAGAUUUUGGUUUGAAUCGCUGCCGGAGAAUUCUGAGUGCCUGCCGCAGUGAGACCGAGGCGAGCCGAUCGUGAAGCUUUUGGGGUGAGACACCAAACUUACUUACAGCGUGAGUCACCGGGAGAAUUACAUAAGCUGGAUCGGGUUGUGCUGCGACUUGUUGUUGCCCCAUUCGAUCGGUGACGGCACGCGAAGAAGAACAAAUCCCGCAUUCUGUGCUUUUCGUGAUAAACAAAGUGACAAACCUGCAACGGUUGGAAAACUGUGCGCGCGAUUGUGAAGGCGCGUAGUUUUAUUUUGAAAAAUUAAGAAGAAGAUACAAAAAUCAAUGAAACCUGAUAACAAAUCGAGUGAUCAAGUGUGAUAGAGUAUUCAAACUGGUGAUAUCGGAUAAGAUCGAACGAUCUUAACUUCGAGUGAACGUCAAAUCUCAUGGUAAAAGUUGUGCAAUCAAUCAACGAAGGGAUUUAAACGCGAAAGUGAGAAGGAAGAAACGAACCUGAAAGCAAUCAAAACUGUCAACAACGACUGAAAUCGAGGGACAUCAACGAACUUCAACCAAUCAUCGAAGGGAAAUACGACGCAAUGCUUCGGUUUGCCGCAAUUGGAUGAAUGAAUUGAACAAAUGCGCAAAAAUGACUAAAGCUGUUGGUGAACAACAAAAACAGUGUAUUUGAUAUUGAUCGACGAGGAAAACCAUCGAGAAAACAAGUUUAACAGGAAUCAAGUGAUCCCGAGGAAUUAAUUGCCAAAGUGAGCGGGAUGGAUUGAGCGUUUGCAGUGGAAGAGAGAUAGAAAAACCGGGAAGAAUUUGCGACUUUUGUGCUCCAGCUUUGGUGUGUUUUGUGCUCAUGUGGUUGGUGUUGGGUGUCUAGCAGCAAACAGUGAUCCAACGGGAACUGGUGUGUGACUUGGAGAGCGGGAUUGCUCUUCCCAACAGCAAACGCGAAAUAUAAGAUAUCCGAGGUGAUUUGAAUAAGCUAGAACGCAAUUAUUUUGCCACGUUCCAGAACCGACAGUGUGACAGACGUGUGUUGAGCCCCAAAGUUGCACUUGUGGGUGUGUGUCCGUACAGUUCAUGUGAUCGCAAAAAUUAGCAAUCCCUUCGGUGAGGUGUUAGAAGCGUCAUCUUAUAACCAUCCUCCUUCACCAUGGAGACCUAAUUAACGCACAUCUACUAGAUAUACACUCUGCUGAAGGAUUAUAGCGAGCACCGCUUCGUGAAGACAUCCAAACCAUCACCUAUGGGCCACAAGUGAAGAAAAAGGUAAUCACCAUGGCCGGAACGCAACCACCCCGGAGCGCAACGCCAAACGUCCAGCAGGACUACGACGUAACGCGUAUGCGAGAGGAAGACUUUGAACGGUUGGCCGUGUAUAUCGUGCCGGAUGUGGCCUGCGAAAAGGGUGUCCCGAAUCGGGCGGAAAAAACACUGCCCCGCAGUUUGACACUGAAGCCCUCGUUGGUGCUGUCGACGCCAACGACGACGACUGAGGGAGUAUGGAGCACAGGAGUGAUACCGCGCGGAACCCGUUUCGGCCCGUUCGAGGGUGUCCGGACACCAAGCCAUCCCAGUGACAAGCAGCUGUGGCGGUACUUCUGGAGGGUACAAGAGCUGCGACAUGUUUCCUACGGGAAUAUCAAGAUUUUCAAAGACAGUGACUUCUUCUACCUUGACGGAUCGGACCCAUCGCAAUCCAACUGGAUGCGAUAUGUUGCUUCGGCAUACAGCUUCUCCGUCAUGAACCUGGUUGCUUGUCAGCACCAGGAGCACAUCUACUUCUACACAAUCCGAGAUAUCAUGCCCAACGAGGAACUGAUGGUGUGGUACUGUCGAGACUUCGCCAAACGGCUUGGGUACGACAUCGACCCCGAACGUGCCACCUACUCAAUCUGUCGGGAGGAAACGCUGAAGAAGACUUACGCGACGAUCACCAAAGCGCCAGUUCCAGCGGAGGUGGCUUACAAUCACGUGAAGCACGUGAUGGGGUUGUACCUGCCAGCGAUCCGAACCGCACCAACACCAAGUCCGUCACCACCGGCUGCCACUUCCACGACGGUUGCACCUGCCACCGUUGUAGUUCCUCCCUCGAAGCAUCAGGUUCAUCAAACGGUAUUGCGUGAAGCGCGCACCACAACCGAAGGGCAUGACCGGUCCCCGAUUAGGAUUGUCAUUCGCGAGCAAAGCCCACCGAUGCGAGCGAUUGCCAAGGAACCGGACGCGGACUCCCCAAUCUCACACAACGGGAAAGAAGCUCACUAUGAACAUCAGCUGACUCCGAACGAUGGAUCGGUUAGGUCAGACGAAGGAUAUCACAGUAAUGGGUAUCAUGAGGACGGGUUCACACCGCCGGAAGACUCUAGCGACAGUGAAAGUGAACACAACUACGUCCUUGAUUGCUCUAAGAAAGCGAUCGAACCGAAGGAAGCCAGUGUGAAGUUGGAGAUUUGUGAUAAGAAUGAGUACCGAAAGGUGAAGAUGAAAAUGCCAUUGAAGUAUGAGUUUAAGAAUAACAAGAACUUCAAGCAUCCCGGUGACAAAGAGGAGACUAUCGAGGAGGAAGAAGUUGUAGUGACGAGAGAAGUUAAGCCGGCUACUAGUACGGUGAUUGUGCUGGAGACAGUACCGGAAACCGUUGUACCGCUGACUAAAGCGUACUACGAACCGGAAACGACGAGCUCCCCUGCGACAUUCAUUCGAUAUACCCCGCCCAGCUCUAGCAUUUUGGAAACGAUACUUACCGGUAGUAGACCAACGGUGGAUGAUCCCCACCUAAGACAACCGAACGCUACACCUCCUCCUACUUCACCUACCGAGAUGGCUUACUCGUACAAAAAAUCUCAACGGUAUGGAACAGCCUGUAGUCCCGACUCCAGUUCGCAAACUCCCAUGGAAUCUGUGGAAAACGGCUCACAGCUGCUACAGGAAUCCAAGCUGAUCAGCAUUGAUCAUCGUGAGUCUCAGUCUCCAACAAUCAUUUACAGCUCCGCUCAUCGACCGCAGCAAUCGCAUUCGCCCAGUUUGUACGAUCCCGCUGCUCACGGUUACGCCAUGUACCCAUCGUCGAACGGAACCGUCAUCAACAGCGCUUCCAGUUCAACCUAUUCUCCGCCUCUGAAUGGCGGUCACUACGAGAGACUGACAACGCACACAAUCCAAUCCCCGAGUGGUUUUGUGCAGCUUCAGGCUAAAGGACAACUGCCACUGAACCAUCCACUGAUGCAACCUCUCCCGCCGCUCACACACAUGUCACCCGGUCAUGUAUCUCCGCCCAGCAGUCUCAGUCCUGACGGUGGCUCCUACUCCCGAAGUGGCAGCCCAAUGAGCCCUGGCAGCCCGGGUUCCCGCGGUUACCGGAGUUUACCGUACCCGUUGCGAAAACGGGACGGUAAGAUGCACUACGAGUGCAACGUCUGCAGCAAAACCUUCGGUCAGCUAUCCAAUCUCAAGGUCCAUCUGCGAACACACUCGGGCGAACGACCCUUCAAGUGCAAUGUCUGUACCAAAUCGUUCACCCAGCUUGCCCACCUGCAAAAACACCAUCUGGUACAUACCGGAGAAAAACCGCACCAAUGUGAUAUCUGCAAGAAGCGAUUCUCGUCCACGUCCAACCUGAAGACGCACCUGAGGCUACACAGCGGCCAGAAGCCGUACGCAUGCGAUCUGUGUCCGCAGAAGUUUACCCAGUUUGUGCACCUGAAGCUGCACAAGCGGCUGCACACCAAUGAUCGGCCGUACGUGUGCCAGGGUUGCGACAAAAAGUACAUCAGCGCCUCCGGUCUCCGAACGCACUGGAAGACGACGAGCUGCAAGCCAAAUAACCUCGAGGAAGAGCUGGCGCUGGCCGCUGCUGCCACCUCCGAGUGUAUGGAUAAAGAUCAGCAGGAAAAUGAGCCGAGAGAAUACUAUGAAAUGCAACAAAUGAAUCAUCCGGCGAGUAUUGGAUCACCUCAGCUUCGGCAUGUUGCUGAUCACGGUUCUCCUACCCAUCUGCUUAGCAUGCCACCACAAUCCCAUCAUCCGGGACACCUUUUUCAGGGUCACCCAGGGCCCGAAGCAGUAAUCCAGAAAGUAGGCAAAAUUCAACACUCGUCAACGAUUAGUAGCAGUAGUAGCAAUAAUAGCAACAACAACAACAACAAUCCCAAUAUUCUCAACGGCAACAUCAUCAACGGCAGCAGCCAGAUGCAUUACCUGGGAGGUCCACUGGUACCGCAAGGACCACCUCCACCUCCGCCACCGCAGCAAGUGCUUCAUCAUGUGCAACCUUCACAAAGCGUCAACACUGGCAGCACUGUGAGCACUGUCACCUCCAAUAACAGUACCAGCAUCGGCACCGAACCGACCAGCCGACCAAGCGUGAUCGAGUCCAGCCAACCGAUGAUCAUCGAGUGCACGUAGCUCCAGGUUAUGGGCCCGGGCCCUCCAGCGGCCCGGCGCCAGGAUAGCGUUAUUCGUGUGACCGGUUAAACAGCAGAACCUAUUUGCAAGCAAAUGAUGAUCUUUCUCGCGUGUAAGAUUUAAGGAUUUAACUGUGAAUACUAAUUUUAAGGCUACUCUCCCCCAACAAACAACAAAAAAUUCUUCCCAUCUCCUUCACUGGCACACACACACUCAUCUAGCUGCUAAGAGAAGCGUAAAUUUAUAUAUUUAUUUUUUACUUAUUAUCAAGCCGAAGCAAAUCAGUAAGAAAGCAAGAAGCAUAUUGUUAAGUGUUCUUAAGAUUUACUAAUUAUACGUGAAGCUGAAAAAGAGAGAGAGAGAGAGAGAGAGAGAGAAAGUAGGAUGGGGAAUAGUACUGAAGUUUGUCAUUUUUCUUGAAACUUUCAAUCGAACCAGUAAACAUUCUCAUAGCGGACAGCUGACCAAAAAGUGCGAAGCUUCUUCGGCUGCCACGUCUCUGUAAAUAUAGUGUAAUAGUGCGUUGGCGUUGAUCGAACCCGAGCAGGACACUGGACACUGUCAUCUCUCAUAUCAUUAUCAUCAUCCCUAGCAUCGUCAUCAUCAUUAUCGUUAGUACCAUAAUCAUCUUCAUCGCCCCAGUUUUAGCAAGUAUUUGUGAAUGUUCCAAAAUUGUAGCAACUGUAUUGUUUAGUAGUUUAGGGAAACAUUGGCUGAUGAAUAGUUAAAGUUUGGUUUUUCCUUUGGUUUAGAACGCCUAGUGGUUACGUGUUUGAUGUAUUUUAAGCGGAUCGCCGCAACUGAUGGGCGAGGGCGGUUGGAGGAUAGAAUAAAAACGUAAAAGGAGAAGGAGAAAUAGAAGAAUGACACUAAUUCAUACGACCAACAGACUGAUAUUUUUUUUUCCUUAUUAACUUUAAUCAAAUCAUCAAUCGUGUAUAGUGAAGGUAAAGAUUUGGCAAUAAGUUUCCAAAAAAAGUUGGUAUAGUAUUUUUUGUUUUUUUUUUUAAUUAGUCGUUAGUUGUAGUGAAUGCUCACACAGAAGGUACGGUUGUGGAAUGGUUGCAUGGCGACCGCGGGAAUGAUUCGGAAAGAUGGACGAAAUGUUUGGUAUGUUCUAUCUUGUAACGAUUUUCAGAACAAUUAUUUUGAAGCAGUGAAAAAAAUUAUUUUCAACGGAAAUUAUUAUUUUUAAACUAUUUUUUUUUUCAAACAAAUAAAUUUUCAUGAAACAUUUCAUUUGGAAAAAUUUGUGUAAAAACACGCCAAACUGUUCCACCUUUAAUCACUCAGUCUGUCGGCAGUCAACCAAACACACACUUUAGAGUUUUUAGGAAAAUUCCCCAGAAGGCUGUCCAUAAGAAAAGCGUUAAUACGAUAGGUACGAACCUAGCUUAAUCUAAUCGGGCAAAUAAGUAAACAGAAAGUAGCACACACACAGCAAGCAAAUUGCAGCGGAGAGAAAAAUGACGAAUUUCCACACCCGUGUCCGCGUCCAGCAGUGUCUCUGUUUUGGCGACCAGGACCGGGUUCUGUACAUUUAUUGCAAAACAAAAUCUACAAGUUAAAUAAUAAAUUUAAAGCAAGUAGUAAGAAAGAAAAAAAAACAAUAAAAUUGAGCAAAAACACUGAAUAACAUAAAUAACGAUAACCUACAGUUAGCUGAAGAUCGGUGCUUUUUUCCAGAAACAAGGGAAGAACUUGAAAAAUCUACAUUAUUUGCAGGUUUUUCGAACAAAAGUUUAACUCUUUAUCUCAGAUUUAAGGAUAACCCAGUACAUUUAAAAGAAAAAAAAAUACAUUGUAUUAAGAUUAACAAAGCGAACAAAGGAAACAUUAAAUGAUAUUUUUAAUAUUCUCGGCUAAAGCCGAACCAGUUAGCGGUUAGCGUCAAAAGCGAACACUUUGAAGGAACAAUUUACGGUGGCCAAAAAACAAUGCAGAACUGACACAGUGUAGACACAGUACUAAACAAUCUAACCGAUUUAUCCAACCAAACUUUUACUAUGCAAGCUGAAUUAGGUAGACUGCUUUUCUCUAAAAUCCAGCUGAGCUUCUGUUAUUGCUCCCAGCAGGAUCGAAAUAAGGCUCUAGAAUAACUCUAUCCAAUGUUUUGUAAAAUCUGGCAGCUUAAAACGAACGUAGCAAAAAAAAAAGAGGAAAUGUUCAAGAUUUAGCAAAAAAUUUAAAAGUCAAAAAAUAGCCAAACAGAAAGUUCCCUAGAGAAAACAACAACCGUAAAACCAAUCGCACGGAAUCCUAAAAGUGUGCAGAAUUCAGCAAGAUUUAACUGUUUGUCAUUAAAAGCAGAAGAAAAAGGUCAAAAACGCAAGCACAUCCCACCGUUCUGUUGAACCCAUCCCAUUUUUACCACCCUCGUCUCCGCACGCUACCCUCUAUCACCAUUACUCGCACCUGAAGUUUUGUGAGGCUGAUGUUUGUUAAACUCUUAUUAGUUUUGUUUGCAUGUUGUAAAUUAACGAGCAGAAAAAAAUAGAAACUUGUGUACUGUGUACAUUGGAGCGAUGAAGAAAUGUAAUAAAAUAAGAUUUUUCUAUCAAAAGAAAGUAAAAAUGUAUCAAAAAUCUUUUAUUUAAUAAAAAAAAAUGAUAACAAUGAAAAAGUUAAGAUAACCGAGUUUGAAGUGGCAUUCGGGCAAAAUGUUGAUCAUUUAGCAUGUUUCUUUUUGAGUUGUUUGUUGCUGGUUACUCGUGUGAGGUUGAUUGAACCCCGUGAAACAAAGGCUUUGCAAUAAAUACUAUUGUAAUGGUUUUCUUUGUCUCAAACCAACAGCAAGGAUUGAUUAGCAAAUGUAUUACGCAAAAAAAGAACACUUGCGAGGAGCAUGAAACAAACUCCAAAUUCCUUUUAAGAGGAGGUGCAUUGACUGAUUAAGUAUAGUAGAGGUAUGAACAGACCAAGCUCUGACUAGUUUUUUAACACCCUCACAUUAUUUUGAUAACGCAGGCAGCUUUUUUCGGUUUGUUCGGUAAAAUUUUCUACUCUGUAUGUCGAAGCCAUUUGCCCGAUUACGGGAGAAUUUUCUAAUAUUAGCGGUUCAAACAAAAUGGUUAGAAAGCAAUCAAAGACACAGAAUGACAGCUUAGAAUCGGAACACAAAAUUGGGUUCGUUACCGGUGCAGGGCCAAUGCAACCGCAAUUGUACAGAUCUGAGUUUUUUACUACACAAAAUUGAAUUGUGAAGAAGUUAAAAACGGCACCAGAGAUGGUCGCUUGACAGACACACAGAAACACACAGGCACACCUGCAAAUAAUAUUAACUUCACAACUAGGAAGGCAUCAUUAGUCCGUAGGAACCAAAACAGUACUGAAUUUGUAUAAAAUUGGAUUAAAAACAACUAUAAAGCAAAUAAUCUUCAAGGUAACAGUUUAAAAAACAAAGUACGAUAAUAAUUAUUGAAGCGAUAAUGCUAUGGAAAAACUUUAUAAAAAUAUAAAAUCUUCAUUGAAAAACAA